AUGGCGACACACCCUGAUGAUGGAGGAAAGGCCCACGAGGCUGGAAACGCACACAGUACAGAAAUCGAGCUCUGCCAUAUCGAUACAGAGACCUCCCAAAUGGGGCAUCUGACCAACGAGGAAGAUCACCAAGAGACGAUCCUCCAGUCUCUUCAGCGACACCCUUGGCCGACGUUGUGGUGUGCGUACGGCGUGUGGGUUAUUCUAGCCACGGCUUUCGACUUUGCAGCUCCUUCUGCAGUCACUGGUAUUCCGGAAUUCCGCAAGGACUUCGGGUCUGCUUACGAUGGUAAUCACGCUCUCCCAGCGAAGUGGCAGUCCGCCUACAGUGGAGCACCGGUUGCUUCGCGUUGCAUCGGCAGCUUCGUUACAGGCUAUUUGGGAGAAAAAAUAGGCAAGAAACUCAUGCUCCUCAUCGGAUUCUCAUUAUCCUCAUUGUUCAUUGGCGGAUUCUCCAUUGGUAUCGGCCUCACGACGACUUUUAGUUACAUAGGUGAAAUUGCCCCGGUCGCCAUCCGUGGGAUCCUCACCGGCGCGAGCGCCGUCACCUUCGUGCUCGCGCAGCUGAUCGUGGCUCUAAUUGUUAACUACGAAGGCAGCCAGCCGACUCGAUGGGCAUAUCGUGGGCUCUUCCUUGGCCAAUACGUUAUCACUGCCAUUGCACUCGACAUCCUGCCAUUCAUGCCGGAGUCCCCAUAUUGGCUGGUUGCCCGCGGAAAAGAGGAAAAAGCAGCACGUUCCCUGAAACGGCUCGGGUAUAGCUCUUGGAAUAUUGCCAAGCGACUGGCCAACAUCAGGAUCACCCUUGAGGAGGCUAAAGACGAAACCUCACGCAGUUCGUAUCUUGAAUGCUUCAAAAAGUCCAACCUCCAUCGCACGAUGGUCGCUGUCUUGCCCAUUUGCAUCCAGAAUCUCGGCGGUGCUUACUUUAUCAUGGGCUAUCUCGUCUAUUACGCACAGCUUUCCGGCAAUGAGCUUCAAGAUCGGAAUUGCCGCCCAACGUUCGAACGCGUCGGCCGACGUCCUCUCAAUCUCUACGGAACUGGCCUUCUGACCGUCAUCCUUUGGAUCUGCGGUGGUCUUGCCAGCAAGACCGACAGUCCUUCAUGCCUCCGGGGGGCUAUCUCGAUGUUCAUGAUUUAUCUAGCCGUGUACAAUGCCACCAUUGGCUCUACUGCGUACACGGCCCUAAGCGAGGUAGCCACUCCUCGUCUCCGCAUCAUGACCGCAGCCAUUGAUGUCAUCCUCCAAAAUGCUAUAGUGUGUGUACCAACAUUUGUUAUUCCGUACAUUUUCAACCCGGACCAGGCGAACCUGGGAGGGAAAACGGUCUUCAUCUUCGGUGGUUUCAGCAUCCUUUCCACUGUUUACAUGUAUUUCUGUCACCCUGAAACUGCCGGUCGUAGUUUCGAGGAGAUUGAUGAGAUGUUCGUCAAGCGCGUUCCCGCCCGCAAGUUCGCUAUCUAUGAGACAGAGGCCGAGCUCAGAGGCAAAACGGACAGAGAAGAGCUUGAAGGAAAGUCUUAG